CACGAUGAGCAACACGUGUUUCCCGCUUGUGCGAGGGAAACAACCGUUUUCGUCAAACCCGUUGCGAAUUUAAAGUUGAGUUUGAACAAGUAAUAUCCAGAAGCUCCAUUUUUCAUUUCGAUCUCACACCUAAAAAAAAAACCUGGAUAUUCGGUUUCGAAUCUGCGCUGAAAUCGAAUUGAGUAAUGGAGGUAACCUCCUCGAUCUUAUCACCUGCUCAAAGAUACGCAGCGGCGGCUUUGUUUUCUCUCGCAUUGCAUCAAUCUCAAUUUCACGAACGUCCGACUCCGUCUUCUCCUCGCACCGCCGACGCUGAUGCUCCGACCACCGCCGAUUCCUCUUCUACUUCAGACAAUCCUGAGCUUUGGAUUCAUGACAACUCUGGUUUGCUUUUACCUGUUUUUAGAUUCCUCGAAGUGGAUGAACAAGCCUGGCAUGGCCUAAAGGAAACUGCUGGUUCUUCUUCCCAAUUCAGGCAUCAUCUGGGAGAUUUCUUUAAAGUACUGUCAGAGGAAGGUGAUGCGUCUUCUAAAGAUAGAUUAGAUAAAGAAGCCGCAUUGACCAACGCGGUUGAUGCAACUGAGGCAAGCAUGAAGAGCAUUGCUGAUUCUUCGUGCAGAGGUCAUGAGCAGAAAACUAGAAGCGAAGAUAAUUUAUGUGACACCGAGUUAAAAUUAUAUGCUGUGGGUGCUGAGCCUGAUGGUGAAACCAAGGAGAGCUCAGCUUUGCUUCCUCUAGAGACACAAUCUUCCACUGCUCUUGAAAAUGAAAAACCUUUGGAGGAGGCAUCCAUCAUCAGUUAUCAGAGAAAAGUGACAGUUCUUUACACUCUUCUUUCUGCUUGUGUAGCAGAUACGGCUGAGGUUGACAAAAAGUUCAGCAAGUCAAGGCAGGGAUAUGAUGCUCGUCACCGCGUCUCUCUGCGGCUGCUUGCUGUAUGGCUUGGUGUGGAAUGGAAUGAAAUGGAAGCAAUGGAGUCUAUGGUUGCUUAUUCGAUAAUGGAGUCUCUGAGUAAAGCAGGUGAGAAGGAAGAAUCUAUAGUUUCAGAAACAAGUUGGGAUAAAUGGAAGCGUGGAGGUAUUGUAGGAGCAGCUGCUGUAACCGGAGGAACCGUGAUGGCUAUUACCGGAGGCUUGGCGGCUCCAGCAAUUGCCCAAGGAUUAGGUGCUUUAGCCCCUACGUUGGGCAGUAUUAUUCCUGUCAUUGGAGCUGGCGGAUUUGCUGCAGCAGCAACUGCUACAGGAUCAGUUGCUGGAUCUGUAGCUGUUGCUGCAUCAUUUGGAGCUGCUGGAGCUGGCCUUACUGGGAGUAAGAUGGCUACAAGAAUUGGAAGUCUUGAGGAAUUUGAAUUAAUAGAAGUUGGAGGCACUCAUCGAGGUCACCUAGCAGUUAGAAUCUCUAUUUCUGGGCUUGCCUUCGAGGAGGAAGAUUUUAUAAAACCUUGGGAAGGUCACAAUGAUAACAUGGAAAGGUAUGUGCUCAAAUAUGAGUCUAAAAUUUUGAUUGCUCUGAGCACUGCCAUCCAGGACUGGCUUACUUCAAAAAUUAUGUCCGAGUUGAUGAAAGGAGGUGCCAUGAUGACAGUAUUAAGCACACUCGUAGCAGCGUUAGCAUGGCCAGCAACUUUAGUCACUGCAUUUGAUCUUAUAGACAGCAAAUGGGCAGUUGCAGUGGACAGAUCAGAAAAGGCUGGUAAGGUACUUGCUGAAGUGUUGCUGAAAGGCUUGCAGGGGAACAGGCCCGCGACACUAGUAGGUUUUUCAUUGGGAGCCCGUGUCAUUUUUAAGUGUCUCCAAUGUUUGGCCGACUCCAAAGGAGACAAUGCUGGACUAGUGGAAAGGGUUGUUCUCCUUGGAGCACCCAUCUCAAUUAAAGAUGAAAAUUGGGAGGUAGCUAGAAAGAUGGUGGCUGGAAGGUUUGUAAAUGCUUACUCUACAAAUGACUGGACACUUGGUAUAACUUUCCGUGCUAGUUUACUUUCUCAAGGUUUAGCUGGAAUCCAACCUGUUGACAUUCCCGGGAUUGAGAAUGUUGAUGUGACCCGAGUUAUAGAAGGCCACUCUUCCUACUUGUGGAUGACACCAAAAAUACUGGAGCAGCUUGAAUUGGACAAUUAUUUUGCUGUUUACAAAGGUGAACAUGAAAAACCUCAGGAAGAGAAGAGCACCAUGGACUAGCUUUAGUUUCUAUCCCUUUCUCCUCAUCGUUCCACUCUCAUUUAUUUGUUUUUCCGAGGAGUAAUAUCAAGCUAAAGAUAUAGGUAAAUGAAACAUUAGAAAUGGUGGUUUAAUUUAGAAUAAUUGAUGGCAUAGGAGGUUUGUGUUCCUACAUAGUGCGAUGAGAAGAAAGAGGCGGAUCUGACAUGGAAACCUGGAAAAUAUGAACUGUUUAGGUUAAUAGGUGAUUAGCCGUACUUAUAAACUCAUUUGUCAAUAAGUAUAUUUGUGUAAAUUACAGCCAGAUGGAGUGGUUGUAGUGACUAUUUUCAAUAGAAUGAUAAAACUAUAAUGUCUCGCUGGAAUUGACAAAAAAGUCUCUAGCAAAGCAGGACAUCAUUCUGUUUGACCAUUUGAUUAAUUGGUACCCUAUAUAUUAGACAUAGGGUUGCUUGAAGUUUAACGGUCUAGAAGCUAAAGAUCUCCAACUUUCUAUUCAGAUGGAAAAUGUUCAUAUUAUUGUUCUUUUUUGAAGUUUAUAUUAACCACCAUUUCACUAUGGAGUUUGUAGCA